GAUAAUAUCAAGCACUCGUCACCAUCACACACAACUGAUCUUUAAGUUCCCUCGCGCUGAGUCUUGUGCUAUGUCCGACGCGCGGGUUACUUUUGAUCCCAAGAAUAUGCCUUUCCGCCGUUUGGGUCCCAGUGGUUUACGGGUACCGCUGUUCUCCCUUGGUAGCUGGUUAACUCUUGGAGGGACUGUCGUCGGUGACCCCGUUAAAGAAAUUAUUAAAGUUGCUUUCGAGAACGGCAUCAAUAUGUUUGAUACCGCGGAGGGCUAUGCCAAAGGUCGCUCGGAGAUAGAAAUGGGACGCGUGAUCAGGGAACUUGGAUAUCGCCGGAGUGAUCUAGUCCCUAACGACACUGGUUUAUCAAGAAAGCAUAUCAUCGAGGGUACACAAGAGUCCCUUGCGCGUCUAGGACUUGAUUAUGUCGACGUUAUAUUUGCGCACAGACCAGAUUAUUCCACACCCAUGGAAGAGAUUGUUCGUGCAUUCAACUAUGUAAUUGAAAAGGGCUGGGCUUUCUACUGGGCAACAUCAGAGUGGUCUGCUCGGGACAUAGAGGAAGCUUACCACGUCGCAGACAAGCUCAACCUCAUCGGGCCAAUUGCUGAACAAUGCCAGCACCAUAUGCUGCACCGUGAGCGUCCAGAAAAAGAAUACGCCCCACUUUAUAAAAAGUAUGCCAUCGCGCUGGCCAGUGGCUUGCUCACCGGGAAGUACAACAAUGGCGUCCCAGAGAAAUCUCGUCUUGCUACCCACCCCGAUUUCUUCAAGGAAACCAUCAAGAAUCUGGAUGGAGAGGAAGGUCAGGAGAAGAUCCGGAAGAUUCAGGAACUCACGAAGCUAGCCGAGACAGAUCUUGGAUGCAGUAUGACUCAGCUGGCGCUAGCUUGGGUGGCUAGAAACCCCAACACUAGCACUGUUAUUCUUGGCGCUUCCAAACCAGAGCAGGUCGUCGAAAACUUGAAGGCGUUGGAGGUAAUUCCUAAGCUUACGCCUGAAAUCCUGGAUAAAAUCGAGGACAUUUUGAAGAAUAAGCCGGCUCCGAUUCCCUCGUUCGGUCGCCCAUCGCUGGAUAGGUUUGGUCGCACUUAAACUAGUGGGAGUCCUUCCAGGGUGUGAAGGGAUUAGCUGCCCUUGUCAAGUCAUCAUUGCAGUGUAGUACUGCAUGUUUAAUACUUCUACUUAUGUUAGGCUGUGAUUCGCAUGUGGUACCACGCUGGUUGCGAGAACGCUCACUCGCCGCAGAGAUUGUGGCAGCGAGGA